UUAAUCAAUACCUAACCUCUUUAUAGGUUAUAAUUUUAUAACCUAAAUAAAUUACUAAACUUAAAUUAUUUACUAUGGCUUUUAAAACAGCUUCAAAAGCUUUAAUGGUUUUAGGAGAAUGUGUACCAUGCGUUAAAGAAAACGCCUCUAAAUUUCGUGUAAAAAGACUUGAAUUAGAUCAAAAUUUAUUAAUGUAUUUCCGCAAAGAUGAAUUCAUUUACGCGCACGAUCCUCAAAAACAAUGCAAAACUGGCGAUGUAGUCUUAAUAGAAGCUUUACCCGAACGUUUGACAAGAUUAGUCACUCAUAAAGUGAAUAAGAUCGUGUAUCGGCUUGGAGAUGUUACAGAUCCUCUAACGAAUAAAAAGGUUGUUGCUGGUAAAUUUAGGGACGACGUUGAAGCUGUUAAUCAAAUCUUUGGAAAGAAAAAGACUGCAUUUGAUUAUGAAAAGGCACCGGAACGUGGUUGGCAAGAGGAUAAAAAGGAUUACAGUCAUUUAGAAACUUAUAUUAAGUAUCAUGAGUCUGGAAAGAACGAUCCUGCUGCUGUUUAAGGCUAUAUAAGUAAUGUAGAUAGUAUUAAUGUAGAAGUUAAUAAAUUUUUGCUUAUUAAAAAAUAGGAAUUUAUUGAU